AUGUCCACUUCCAAGCGAAUUGGAUCGUUGUCGAAUCGGGCAAGAACUUGGCCUGACACCAAAUCAAGUGAUAUUUUGGGAAACAAUGAAAGGGAACAAGGAUAUACUCUCCGAGAGGAGAACGACAUGUUAAAAGUUGAGAGUCAGUCUUUGAAAGAAUUGAUUGAUGAGUACACGUGCAAUGCAUGUAAGGUUUUUACUCCAGCUGAACUAGAGAAACUUGCCAGUGUAAGACAACUUCAAGCCCAAAACUUGCAAUUGAGGCAUCAGUACUAUGAAGAAUAUAAUUCUACUAUGGCCAUGGGAAUACCUGUCCCGCUAAUCCAAGACUUCCUACCACCAAUGCAAGUUUCUUCAUUCAAUCAAUCCAAUGGAGGAUUUUUAGGAGAAUCAUCAAUGGAACCAAUCAAUCCCAAUUUCAAUAGUAUGAAUACAGUUAUGAAUCCACAACAAGAUUCUGAGACGUGGAGCAUGAUGCAAACAAUUGGGUUGGCUAGGGAGGAAUUAGUGAACCUAUUGAAUGUAAACGAGCCAUAUUGGAUAAAAGAUAUGACUGAGGGAAGGUACAUCAUUCAUAGGGAUACAUAUAACGCCGAAUUCUUGAACACAAGUGUCCGAGAAAAUCGCCAUCAAAAUGGAUUCCGUACUCGCUUUGAAUCGUCGAAAGAUGAAGCAAUCUUGACCAUGGGUGCUUCGAGAGUGGCUGAAAUGCUAAUGGAUUCGAAAAUGAGGGUAGACUAUCUUUUCCCUACCAUCAUAACAGAAGCUUUCACAAUCAAAGAAUAUGGAAAUCAAACCUCGCCUCGCCAAGUCGGGAGUAUAAAACUGGUUUUUGAGCAGAUGCAUUUACUUACCCCAUUUGUUACUCCAAGAGAUUAUCGCUUUGUUCGUUUUUGUGAAAAGGUCACUGAAGGAAUGUGGCUAAUAGUGGAGGUCUCUCAUGACUUUAACGACAGUAGUUUACAACUGAAUUCCCCCUCUCGUGCAUGGAGGCUUCCUUCUGGCUGUCUAAUCAAGGAUGUUUCUCAUGGAGUCUCUCAGGUGACAUGGGUGGAACAUGUAGAAGUUGAAGACAAUGUCCCAAUUCAUCUGCUUUAUAAAGAUGUGAUCAUUCGUGGAUUGGCCUUCAGUGCAGAUAGAUGGGUUCAAACACUAUCAACGUCCUGCCAUAGAAUGAAUUCUCAUGAUAAUAUCUUGCAGAACCAAUUUGAUAGCCCCCUGCAGAAGAUGGGAGUGCUAGGCGCCAUGACGCAAGAAGAUAGGAAAUGCAUAAUGAGCAUAACCAACAAGAUGAGGAAGAGAUUUUGUGGCAACAUGAACAUGGUAGACAAUCUUGAAAUGGUUCGACUGAAUGACAAUGAGGUUUAUCUUUCUUUAUGCCGAGAUCAACAAAAUGUUAUCCCAUCCAGUGGCCUGAUUGUGAACGCUGCUACCUCAUUUUGGCUUGACGCUCCAUGUCAAGUGGUUAUCGAUUUCUUAAAAAAUGUUAACCUAAGAGCUCAGUGGGAUGCUGUUUGCAAUGGAGGAGCCGCGGAAGAGAUUGUUUGCAUUAGGUUUGGAGAUCAACUAGAUAAUUCUAUCUCUAUUAUCAAGCCUCAUAUUGAAUCCAUAAAUAAUCUGCUUGUGAUCCAAGAGACUCUAGUGGAUCCUCUUGGUGCAGUUAUAGCUUAUGCUCCUAUCGAUCGUGAAGAUUUUAUUGGGGAAUUAUAUGGUUCUUGGUCAAAGCCUGUGCUUGUAUCUGGUUUUAUUAUUUCUAAAGACGGAAACCCUGAAUGCAUGCGGAUCAAUCAUGGAGGAGCUUCGACUUCUAGAAAUGUUGCGCCAGCUUUUCAAUAUGGUUCUCUCAUUACGACGGCUUUCCAAGUUAUGUCUUAUUCUAAGGACAUCGAUAUGGAAUUCAUGAACAUUGUCACUUCCAUUAUUUCCUCAACCGUGGACCGCAUCAAAUUAGCUUUCAAUUGCCCUGAUCCUUCUGUGUGA